UUGUGAAGUGUAUUGUGCAGUGCGACGUCGUUGACCUGGAACUCGUUUUACAGAGCUGUGAUUACUCCACUCGUUUUGACUUUCUGUUCUGGACUUGUGGUGAUCUGUCCCAGUUACCAUGGAAGCGUAAGAGUUGAUUAAGCACUGUGCAUCACCCCCUGAUGUGAUCCAUCAUCCCAGCUGCAGCUCCACCAUGAACACAAAAUCAUCUCUGCUCCAGCUCUCCAGUAUGGGGCUCAGGCUUUGCACAUCCAAAGCCCCCAACUGCAGAGCUGGAGCCUGGAGUUCAACAACAGUGACUUCCACCUGUCUUUCACAUAUCUCACCCUACUCACCUAUACCCUGCAGACGCUCUUACUGCAGCAAUGUCAAGGUGCGCUCCUAUCUUCAAUACAUAAAACGCAAGAUUAUAUCCCCUUCCGGUCCUCCGUAUAGUCAUGUGUGCCAAGUAGGGGACCCAGUGCUGCGCUCACAUGCAGCUGCUGUUGACCCUGCAGCUAUAACAGGCUCUGAGAUCCAGAAGGUCAUCAACACCAUGGUGAAAGUAAUGCGGAAACUUGAUUGUGUGGGACUGAGUGCACCUCAGGUUGGGGUGCCAAUCCGCAUCUUGGCCCUGGAAUAUCCUGAGAAGAUGUUGGAAGAGAGUUCGACCGCAUCGAGGGAUGUCCGUGGUCUCUCUGUCCAGCCCCUGAGGAUCUUUGUCAACCCCCAGCUGAGGGUGCUGGAUGGACGGACUGUGCUCUUUCAGGAAGCCUGUGAGAGCAUUUCAGGCUUCUCUGCCACUGUUCCUCGAUACCUGUCUGUGGAGGUGUCUGGUCUGAAUGAGAAGUGUGAAGCUGUCACGUGGCAGGCCAGUGGCUGGCCAGCUCGUAUCCUCCAACACGAGAUGGACCACCUGGAUGGGGUCCUCUACAUUGACCGCAUGGAAAGCAAGACCUUCAUCAACAUCAACUGGCAGAUACACAAUGAAUAGAAAAGACAAAUUGUCAGGCCAGAACACAAACAUUUACAUAAGGAUCUGUAAAACUGAUGAUAUGCAAUGAUUUAAGUUUUGCUCCACUCCGUCAUCUUUGAUCAGUCUACAUUGUGUCGAUAAAAGCUUGUACAUUUGCUUUUUUUGAGCAAUCAGUGUCUGCUUAAGCUUUCCUCUGAAGAAUCUUCUGGCUUGCAGAAAAUUAUACAUUUUGGUUUCUGGUUCUGGUUAGACUAAGAGCUGAGUAUCAAGAUAAUCAAAAACUGCCUCAAAUGAAAAUCCAUCGCUGCACUGGAUUUCUUUGGAACCGCAAAGCAAUUAUAUCACUUUAAAGUGUAAGCCAAAAAAAAAAAAAGCAAAGUUCUGUGGACCUCAGAAACAUGCUUGAUAAAUAAAUAAAUAGGCUGAUGAAAUGAGUGAAUCAUGCCUGCCACCACCACAAUAGAUAAAUACCACUAUGGUACUACUUAACAAAUUAGGGAAAAGUAUUUGUAGAGCAAAGAAUAUUGCCCAUUUUUCUUAAUGACUUUAAUUUGGUCAACCCUUGUAAAUACACUGAUGUAAACAUGAUUCAAAAUUUCCAAGUUAUCAGUAAAGGUCUUUGUACCAAACACUAUUUGGUAAAAAGAGAAUGGAAAAGUGCAUGAGUCUAUAUGAACGUAAUCACAUUUGGACAAGGAACUCAGGACAUGAGUGGGCAUGACUUGGAAAACAGUGGUUCUAACAGCUGAA